GAGAAAAAAAUGUGGUUAGCAGCGUUGUUGUGCCUAUGUAAGGCUCCUCUGCGUAAGUUCUGGGGUCAGAGGAAGGAUGUUAUAGUUGCUUAUCUUCCCUCCAGAUACAUCAGGGAGGAAAGCAGAUAAGGUUCUCUCUCACCAUUGUCACCAUAAUAAUGAGGAAGGAGGUUUGGACUGAAACUUUUCAACAGUGAUGAAACUAAAGAAAGAUUUUGCAGGGCAGCUGAAUUCUUGCGGCAAUUGUACUCCGCCUUGGCCAUGUCAUCAAUAUUGCCAUUUACCCCACCUGUUGUGAAGAGGCUGCUGGGGUGGAAGAAAUCUGCUGGUGGCUCAGGAGGUGCCGGUGGAAGUGAACAGAAUGGUCAGGAGGAAAAAUGGUGCGAGAAAGCGGUGAAGAGCUUGGUUAAGAAGCUCAAGAAGACCGGGCAGCUAGACGAGCUUGAAAAAGCCAUCACCACUCAGAACUGCAAUACAAAAUGCGUUACGAUACCAAGCACUUGCUCUGAAAUUUGGGGACUGAGUGCACCAAAUACGAUAGAUCAGUGGGAUACAACAGGCCUAUACAGCUUCUCUGAACAAACCAGGUCUCUCGAUGGCCGCCUGCAAGUAUCCCAUCGUAAAGGAUUACCGCAUGUCAUUUACUGCCGCUUGUGGCGCUGGCCUGACCUUCACAGUCACCACGAACUUAAGGCAAUUGAGAACUGCGAUUAUGCUUUUAAUCUUAAAAAGGACGAAGUGUGCGUUAACCCCUACCAUUACCAGAGAGUGGAAACUCCAGUUCUGCCUCCUGUCUUAGUGCCACGACAUACUGAGAUUCUGACCGAACUUCCGCCGCUUGAUGACUAUACGCAUUCCAUUCCUGAAAACACUAACUUUCCAGCAGGCAUCGAACCACAGAGCAAUUACAUACCAGAAACGCCACCACCUGGUUAUAUCAGUGAAGAUGGAGAAACAAGUGACCAGCAGUUGAACCAAAGCAUGGAUACAGGAUCUCCAGCAGAGCUUUCUCCUAGUACUCUUUCUCCUGUCAAUCACAGCCUGGACCUGCAGCCAGUAACCUAUUCAGAGCCUGCGUUUUGGUGCUCAAUAGCAUAUUAUGAAUUAAACCAGAGAGUGGGAGAGACCUUCCAUGCAUCGCAGCCUUCACUUACCGUAGACGGCUUUACAGAUCCGUCGAACUCUGAAAGAUUCUGCCUAGGUUUGCUUUCCAAUGUUAACAGAAACGCCACCGUGGAAAUGACAAGACGGCACAUAGGAAGGGGAGUACGUUUGUACUACAUCGGCGGGGAGGUUUUUGCCGAGUGCCUAAGCGACAGCGCAAUCUUUGUCCAGAGCCCCAACUGCAAUCAGAGAUACGGGUGGCAUCCUGCAACUGUCUGCAAAAUCCCGCCAGGCUGCAACCUGAAGAUCUUCAACAACCAGGAAUUUGCUGCUCUUCUAGCUCAGUCGGUGAAUCAGGGCUUCGAAGCGGUGUAUCAGCUCACCCGAAUGUGCACCAUAAGGAUGAGCUUCGUGAAAGGAUGGGGGGCUGAAUACAGGCGGCAAACAGUCACAAGCACUCCUUGCUGGAUCGAACUUCACCUGAACGGGCCUCUCCAGUGGCUGGAUAAAGUAUUGACUCAGAUGGGCUCCCCAUCAGUACGCUGCUCUAGCAUGUCGUAAAGCUCCUCCUCUUUACCAGCGGGCCUAAGAUACCAAGCCUUGUCAGCAGACUUCACGUAACAGCUCGUCUGUCAUAGUAACCGUGUGUGGUCUCCAUGAACUGUUUUCCUAUCCAAAACAAAAACAAAAAAAAAGUUCAGAGAGAGAGAGACAGGCAGACAGACAGGGGACGCAAAGCACUUGAGGGUCUGAUCAGUUUUAAAGCACCUUGUGAAUUCUGUUUCCUAUACUCUGAUACUAGAUAAAAAGACGUUAGUGUAUAGAAACGCCUUCUUCGGAUGGAGGGGGGGGGACAUUUUAAAGACUUUAAUGGUGUUUUUAUUGGGUAUAUAUGAAUGUGAGUGUCCUACAGGUUUACCAAUAACAUGGACGGCGUUUGCUUAACGCAUCACGGACCCACCCCCCAGCAAGACAGCAUCCCGCUGUCUCGGUUUUUGAUUCCCUUUGAUAGAUGGUUAGAGCUCCCCUCUCUAAUUUAAACCGACAUCUCGUAAAAGCCCAGGUCUUUCCUUCUCCAUAUUUUUAUAUUUUUAUAUAUAAAUAUAUAUAUAUGCAGGCUUUCCGCUGCCCUAUAAUAGGCUUUUAUUGCAGGUAGUAGCUGCUACUUUAAACCCCUUUGGAGAGGACACGAUGCUUGGGUUGGGUCGUCUUGAAAUCUUCGAUGCCGGGUGUGCUCAGUGAGCCUGCAGUGUCUAUUUUUUAUCACUUUUCUCCCGCACGGCAUCAUGUUUAGAAAACACGUUUCUUCCUCUGCCCGUCCAGGAUUACGCAUCUGUUGCCGGCAACGGGUGCUCGGCACUGCUGGUCCCGUGGGCCGCUUGGCACCUUUCUGUUAGAAAAUUUUGGGGGAGGGGGGUCACUUCUGAAAGACUCCCUUGUGGGCAUUUUUGCUUAAUCUCUCCAACCAUGGCUGGGAGGUUGGAUAAGACUACAGGAUCAUGUACUUCUAACCCUCUUAUUUAAUUCCCUGCCUACAGUUAGCCAAGGUUGAGGUCAGCACUAAGGUCAUACUGAAGGCCAGCCACAGUUCCUCCUUGGUUCUGGUUUUGUAGUGGCCUUCAAACUUUGGUUUGAAGAACCCAGACUAGUUUUAGGUAGUCGCCAGGGUAAUGCAGAGCAGCGGUUAGUGGGGGAGGGAGUCCCCAAUCCUAUGGCAUGUUUGCAAGAUUGACCGACCUGGCACUGGUCCUCCGACGUGCCACUGAAGUGCUUGGGUCCACAGCGUGGGUCUGCUUGUGUGGCUCAAGGAAAGUCUUCUAGCUGAGCAGUCAAUUCCCCUCCCCAGAUCAGUUCCAGAGCCUUGCACUGCCGACCAGAGAAGAACUGUGUGCAUUGCAGAUCCAUGGAUCCCCUUUCACAGAUGAGCAUAUUUUUCUGAGAAGCACCUGCCUGGAAAAAAAGCCCCCCUUACUCCUUUCAUGAUGUAGACCUUCCAGUUGUCAGUUUAGCAGGGACUGGCAUCUACCAUUUUGGAAGUUGCGGGGACUGCCAGCCCAUCACCUCUGCCCCUGUAAAGAUCGACAGAUCCCUCUUCCUUUAAAGCUGCCAACUGUUUGGCAUGCUGCUGUUUUCCCUCCCUGAGCUGCUCCUAACUACGGCAGCUGGGUGCCGAGAUUGCCGCGGAAUAGCAGACGGCACUGAACGAACAAGAGAACCGGGCACGUACAAGAAGCUCUGCAUCGACUUGGCCUUUCCCCUGACUCGUGGGCUUAAAUGUUAAAACGAAGAUCUCGCAUCAGAGAUCUGGACCACCCCUCUGUCCCUUUCGUGCCAUGAAGUUCAGCUUCCCCAGGGGUGUAAAGAUGCAACUUGACGUUCAGAGGAGGCUCUACGGGGUCAGUCAGAUCCAAAGGAUAUGUUUUUUGUGAGCAUCCGUUGCUAUGGGGCUGGAUUUUGCAGAAGUAGACGGUCGGCUUGGGUGUGGCCGGACUCCAUAGUACAUGUUAUUGUGAACCCUAGGACACUACAUCUGAACCUUACUUUAAAAAUAUUUUGAAUUAUAUUCUACAGAUAAGACUGGGUUGGGUGAGGGUUGGGAAACUGUAUAGAAGGGUUUUUUUCUGACUUGGAAAAAAAAAGUAUACAUCUUACUAACAACCUUGUGAUCUAGCUGUCUGUCAUUCUCGUCGUCGCCGUGGCAGUAGCGGGAUUGCCUUUUGUCUGUUUUCUUUCCCUCUCCUCCCUCUGUCCCCUUUCCCGGACUGUUCAUUUGCGCUGGGGUCGUACUUCCGACAGUACGCCUAGCGCCGACUUCAGCUUCGAGAACAAACGUGGCCAGUGUUAAGCUUCGUAAUCAACUGACUGAAUCGAGGGUAGCAACGACAAAUCUUUUCAUUUUUUUAUGCCGUUAAUAAAUAGGGCAUAGGAGCAAUACCAAAAAUCAAGACUGGAGGCGUCGGGUGGGUGGGGGAGGUGGUCAAAGCGGGGGGGGGGGGGGUCGGGCAAAUAAAAAGGAUCGGCAAAGCAGUUACCAAUUUUUGUGCUAGUUUUACCAGUAGCCUAUUGUAUUGGUAGAACUCGUAAGCCUAAGAAAUAAGCUUUUCAUGCGUGUUGCAAUUGCCUAAUAUGUGAAUACACUAAUAAAAAAAAGUUUUAAUUCUC